AUCAGUCCCUUGUUAAAUAACUGAAACUGUACCAGUGAUAGCAGGCAAUGCUGCUUCUUUGUGAUGUCACUGCUGCCAUAGAAACCAUGUGUGCACACAAGUGAAAAUGACAUCUGGCAGCAGAAGAGCAUGGAAAGUUGAGAGAGGAGGCAACAUCUUCAGUUUGGCAGGGUCAUCAAAGCAGCUUAGGUGAGAAAGAACAUCCCCUACGGUCCUAGGUACAGUUCUACUUCCAAGCCUCAAGUGAUGUCUCAGGAAGUUGACUGGUUACACAGCCAAGCUGGCGUGUGUAAGGUAGAGCUCUACAAUCCUGAAGCAGGGAAAGACCAGGACCGGAAAGUGAUUUGUUUUGUUGAUGUCGCCAGCCUGAACAUAAAAACAGAUGAUAAAGAUGCUGCUGGCCAGUCCAAAGACAAUGAACCUGCCACAGGACUUGAUCUGGGGAAAAUGCAGGACAAAGAGGUAAUUGUAAUAAAAGAUAGUGAGACACCCGAGCAGUCUAAGACUGAAGGAGCAGUAUGCCUUUUCAAACAAGGUUCAACAGAAGAACUUAAUGUUGUGACCUGGCUCUUUGAUGACCUGCAGAAAUAUGCAUGUGGAUUUCAACAUGCACUGACCCCUUCAAGUGCCCCUCAUCAACCUAAGCCAUCAGCAGCUGACAAGAUGUCCCAGAAUAACAACAACACGGCUUUCAAAUCUUCCAGUGGUCAGAAAGCACCUGCAGAUGAAGUAGCAGGCACCGUCCAAAAACUCUGUUCUUUGGUUAUGCAAAUGGCUAGUAAAGAGAUCUCUGAAAAUCUGGAAGAUGCAGCCAGCAAGUGUAUACGCCAGGCAAUUUAUGCGACAAAAGAUGGGAAACCUCUCAAUCCUGGUUCUGUAAGUCAGGUUGCAUCCAAGAUGGUGAAUGACGCUAUGGAAAGUGCUCAGGACCCCAGCGCUAAAUCAUCUCAAGACAAUAUUUCAGGCAAGAAGGAAGAAGGUAAAGGAGGUCCCAAGAAAACCUCUCUCUUUUAUGGUGAAGUAUCUUCCAACCAAAGUGAGUCUAUUCAGGAAGAAGACAAGCCACCAUGUACCCAAUUGAUUUACCCAAAGAGACAGUCAGCUCGCAAUGAUGGUAGUUCUUUUAACAAAGGGCUAAUGGUUUAUGCAAACAAAGAUGCUAAGGAUAUGACAUUUUCAUUUGUGAAGGCCACAAAGGUUCACAAGAGGCAACCACUGCCAGCCUGUGUGGUUUUGAAAAGAGUAUUCCUAAAGCACACAAGGGAUGUCAUAUCAGACUUAAUUGACUCUACUAUGAAAAAUCUACAUAAUGUUACUGGGGUCCUCAUGACAGACUCUGACUUUGUUACUACAGUUAAGAAGAAUCUCUUCAAUGCAGGAACCCAGAAGUCUACUGAGAUUUUAGAAGCAAUGGUACUACGAAUGUAUAAUGCUCUGAUGUCAGAAACUAAGGACAAAGGGCAUAGUCUUGUAUACUCUUUACUGAAAACAGGAUGUUCAAUGGACCCAAAUACACAAAGUAUGCAUUUCGCAUCUCUGAAAGGUGGACUACAUACGAGGGAAAAGGGAAAGGAGACAGCACACUCAUCAGCCCAGAAAGUAGGUGAGACAAUAAUUAAAGAUGGAAUUAGCAUGCUACGCUCAAAAACAUCAGGAGGCAAAGCUUCAGACAGGGGAAGUCAUGACAGGAGGCCAGAGAAAAGCAAUUCCACAACUGAAUUUCUAGCAAAAGACCUCAUCUUGACAGCUUUAAUGUUGAUACAGCAGCAUCUGUUAACUCAAUACAAGGAACCAACUUCUGAGUCAAAUACCUCUUCGUUUGGGUAUUUUGAAAAAGGAGGCAAACAUGGUUCUAGAUCGCAUGGUUCCAAGGGUGAUCCACACCAACAAGAAUUUCAGAAAGGAGAAAUACAAAGUGCUCUCCUUUCUAUCAUCUCAAAGGUCCUACAGGAGGCUGGCUUCAAUGUAGAUGAGUGUGAGAUAACCAAGAAAUCCAAUACAUGUGAUGACAGGACUAGCAAAAAGUCUUCAUCCAAACACUACAAUGCAGAGGUGGACUCUGAAAACAUGGAUCAAAUAAACAAAAAAUUCAUUGAUCAGCUGAUGGAAUCUGUGAUGAAGCUGUGUAUGUACAUGACUAAAAGCCCCGAUUUUGUUGUGGAAGAUUACUCUGACGAACAAGGAACAUACUUUACUGCAAGAAACAAAGGUGCAUCGACUCCAGAUUCAAUGACAUCACAGAAACCUCCACGAACAACAUCUAUUGGAAAGCCACUGGUGCCUGCUGGCUCUGAGGUGAUCGUGAACAACCAGAGUUCCAAUACCAGUUUGCAGAACAAAGAGCUCCAGGCUAUCCUCCAGUGGAUGGCUGCCUCCCACUUCCAAGUGCCCAACCUCACAUUCAUGAAUGAGAAUGACGAGGAACUGAAGAAGCUUCCUCAGCUUGCGGAAAAAGCAGCUAAGAAGGGCGCAAGCGUGGGAGAUAUUCUGCAGGAGGUAAUGAGGUAUUUCGAAAAACAACAGAUUGAUGCCGCUGUGGGAAACAUGCCUCGUGGCGGACUUCUCGACUGGUUGCUUGUUAACCUGUAGACAAGAGCCAACACCUCCCUCUCAUUACUUCCACCCAGCGAAGUGCCAACUUAGUUAUCGGAUGAACAACCAUACAGCACAUUUUGCAUAGACAACAGUUCAUCAAAUUCCACAGGCUGUAACACACUAGCUGGGCAAAGUCACCAAUAAAAAAAUACAAAUGUCAACUGUUA